AUGUACACUGAUCUCAGCAAUAAGCUUGUGCUGGAGGCAAAACGUGCGCAUCAAUUGAGCCUAAGUUCGGGUCCAGAGCUGCUUCCUAUGUACCAGGAAGAGCUGGUAAGAAAUAUCGUACGAGAGGUGAGCCAACUGGGGAAAAACGCUGAGUUCUUGAGGGCUCAACAGGCACAGAGCAACGAGGAAGACAAGGUAGCCCGUUGCCAGCAGUUCGUGACGCUCCUGUGUAUGGAACGCAACAAAAGAUGUUUAUUAGCCUACCAAAAACUGCGAAGUGACGCAUUGGACACCCUUGCGUGGAAUCCAAACGGAAACGGCGCCGCAGAUGCCACACAGAGAAACAGCGCCAAUCUUUCACACCAUGAACAAGAGUAUUUGAAGGACUAUGCACAGCUUCUCACGGAAAUGAAAAGCGGCGACUACACGGAUAUCGACCUUUCCGGGUCACUAACGCCUCCUAGCGACGUUUUUAUCGACGUGCGGGUGUUAAAAGAUGCAGGAGAGAUACAGACGGAAUACGGGGUGUUCAAUUUGAUCAAGGAUUCUCAAUUUUUCGUUCGGCAAGCGGAUGUCGAGCGUCUAAUACAACAGGGCUACUUAAAGAAACUGUAA